AUGUCAGAGACAGUUGAGCUCGAAAGCAACCGGGCGAUCAGCCCGAUGGAAAACAAAGAACGCAUCCCGCCUAAUGGUGGCACCAAAGCAUGGGCCUGCGUUGCCGGCUCCUUCUUGCUGCAGUUUUGUUCCUUCGGCUACGUCAAUGCAUGUGGUAUGUUCCAACUGUACUACUCGGACGUCAUGUUCAAGGACGAGUCGUCAUCUGCAUUAGCAUGGAUCACCACCCUUCAAAUAUUCCUGCUGUUUAUGUUCGGUCCCGCUGUGGGGAAACUAAUCGAUGUCUAUGGGUGUCGCAAGACGCUUCCGCCAUUCAGUAUCCUGGCUGUGUUCUCUGUGUGUAUGUUGAGCCUGUGCACCAAGUAUUGGCAGGUCAUGCUCGCACAAGGGGUCGCUUUUGGUCUAGCUGCCGCUGGACUCUCUCUCCCUGCUAUGGUAACGGCCACCCAAUGGUUCUCCACCAAGAAAGGCUUGGCUGUUGGUAUUGUGUCUUCGGGCAGCAGUUUAGGCGGAAUAAUUUACCCAUGUAUGCUGCCUAGACUCAUCGAGGAAGUCGGCUUUGCAUCCGCUGUCCGUUGGACUGCCCUUAUGCAAGGAAUCCUAUUAUUUAUUGCCAAUCUUCUUUGCUCCUCGCCCUUCCCACCGCUUGGCAAAUCAUCACCCGAAGAGAAGGAUAAGGCCCCUCCUAGCAGUGGCCUCAAAGGAUUCAAGAGUUGGCCCUGGUUCUUUUUCGUCUUGGGUUGUUUCUUCACAAUGUGGGGUCUCUUCGCGCCUCUCAACUACCUUCCAGAGAUGGCCUCGCUUCAUGGAUAUGAGAGCUUUGCUGUCUACACACUCGUUAUUGCCAACGCAGGGUCUCUGGUUGGCCGGAUUGUUCCUGGCUGGAUUAGCGAUAUCAUCGGCCAAUUCAAUACCAUGGUUAUGGUUACCGGUCUAUCCGGAAUUUUGGUGUUGGCCUUCUGGCUGCCGCUUGAGUUCCAUACAUCCAAGGCCGGCCUCAUCCUCUUCGCACUCCUUUUUGGUUUUGUUAGCGGUGGUUUCGUGAGUCUCGGCCCUCCCUGUGUUGUUUCUCUUGCCGAGGACCAGGUCGAUGAGAUUGGUGUAAAGCUUGGCGGCUUCUGCUUGGCUAUUGCCCUUGGAGCUCUGACUGGUCUUCCUAUCGAAGGGGCUAUUAAAGAUCACGAAGGCGAUAAAUUCACUGGUUUGAUGGUCUUUGCUGGGGCGACAAUGAUUAUUGGAAGUUUGUGUACUGCGAUCGCUCGAGUUUACAAGGGAGGACCUCAGCUCAUGAAGAAGGUUUGA